CGUCGGAAGUCGGGGUCUGUGGUUAGUUUCGGUGCGAAAAGUAAAGUUAAAUUGUGUUAUUAAGUUUGCGUUGAACGUUGGGCCAACGCAAAUCGCAUCGUUCGCAGUGAGUCCACUAUCGAAAACGCCGGAACGCAUUGUUGAUUCGUCAUAGCACUCGUGGGGUGUGGUAUCGUUGACUUGUCCUUCCAAAAGAAUUCGUUUCAAAGUAUCGCGCAGACGGGAAACUCUUGCAGCAGAGUAAUUGCUGCUACUGCUUUAUGUUCGUGUAUAAUUCGUCUUACGAUCGAUCGCGAAUUAAAGGCGAAUCUCCUGGAGUGCUGCCUGUGAGUUGGUGAUCACGACAAAAAUCCCCGAGAAAAUUGUUCCAGCAUCGCGAUAAGCGGAGUGUCGUGGGACUGUGUGUGUGUGUUCGCGUUUUUUCCCUAUUUCUUCUGUCUGUUGUUGCUGGUGAAUGUCUGGUCUUCAGUGCACGGUGCAUCAUCAACGUUCGGGGUAGAUCUUCUGCGCUGGCAUUUCUAAUUAUUGCACCGAAUGUGUGAGAUAGUACUCCAGACAAAAGAAGUCAUAUGUGUCCCCCGUUAGUCGUAUGGUGCUCCGCGUCGCGGAGGUGAACAAACGCACAUUUCUCCGAAUGCUCGCUGAGUGUGACGUGUAAUUACCGAUAAUUUGGGUUGGUUGAAACGAACUAGAGUUAGUAGGUGGUAGCCGCACAACACAACACAAUUUUGGUUCAAAAUCGACCAACUUUCCAUCCAGCCGUACUUUGGUGCUUAAUUUUUUACUACUCCGACCGUUCCACAUUUAUCGACCAUGGCAGACAAGGUGUUUAAGAACAUUUUUGGCAACAGGCGUGCGAAAGAUUCGGAGCGGAAUAAAAUCUCCGAAAUUGGCCUUCCCACUAACGUGGUGCACGGGAUGCACGUGAGCAAGAACCAGCAAACUGGCCACCUGGAGGGUCUCCCGAAAUCGUGGAUCCGGAUGGUGGACGCACUGAUCACGUCCGAUGAGCAGAGCAAAAAUCCGGAAGCCGCCUAUCAGGCGGUCAAGUUUUACAGCUACUCGAUAAAGAAGAAAGAAGCCACUGAACCGUUCAAGCCGUUCAUCACGGAGGAUGCGAUCCACGAGGAGACGGAAUCGAUCGACCAGUUUCUCGACCAGAAAACCACACACAAAAGCGUCGACUCGCUGGCCGGGAGUAGCGAGGAAAAUGAAACAGUACCGACCGCCCCGCCGCCACCCCUGCCGAAGAAAAGCAUGACGCUGCCGCCGAAGCCGCAGCUGAAGCCAAAGCCGAAGAACUACAUCAGCAAGGUGUACAAGGCUACGGACAAUCUGCACCUGAUCGACUCGGACAGCAGAAGCAACACGAUGAUCAUCCAUCACGUGCCUCAUCUCGAUACGCACCAAAGUUCCUAUGAAAUCAGCUCGAACGUAAACAACAACAACCUCGACCGGGAGGUGGACGACCCCGAUCUGAUCCUGCGACCAAAGGAGACGCUCGCCCGGCAGCCGAAAAGUGACGAGCAGGUGUACUACGAGCUGAAGAAAAUCUGUAACCUUAACGACCCGCUCAAGCGGUACGAGAAGACGGUCGAGGUGGGCAAGGGUGCCUCGGGGGUUGUGUUCAUUGCGCUGGAUCGCAACACCGGCCAGAAGGUGGCCAUCAAAACGAUCGACAUGAAGAACCAGUCGUCGAAGGAGUCGAUUCUGAACGAGAUCAACGUGCUGAAGGACUUCAACCACAAGAAUUUGGUAAACUUCCUGGAGGCGUACUACUUGGAGGACGUCGACCAGCUGUGGGUCAUCCUCGAGUACAUGGACGGCGGACCGUUAACGGACGUCGUGACCGAGACGGUGAUGAAGGACCGUCAGAUUGCGGCCGUGUGUCGCGAGGUGCUGCUUGCCAUCAGUUUCCUGCACGCCAAGGGCAUCAUACACCGCGACAUCAAGUCGGACAACGUGCUGCUUGGUAUGGACGGCUCGGUGAAGGUCACCGACUUUGGGUUCUGCGCCAACAUCGAGGGCGACGAGAAGCGGCAGACCAUGGUCGGCACACCGUACUGGAUGGCGCCAGAGGUCGUCACGCGAAAGCAGUAUGGUAAGAAGGUAGACAUAUGGUCGCUCGGCAUCAUGGCGAUCGAGAUGAUCGAGGGCCAGCCGCCCUACCUGAACCAGGCUCCGUUGCGUGCGCUCUACCUGAUCGCAGCGAACGGCCGGCCCGACGUGAAGAGCUGGGACAAGCUGUCGGACAACCUGAAAGACUUUCUCGAUCGCUGCCUGCAGGUGGAGGUCGACAUGCGCGCCUCUGCCGACGAACUGCUGAGCCAUCCGUUCCUGCAGGACUGCAUGGAGUUGCGGACGCUGACGCCACUCAUCAAGGCCGCCCGGAGGUUGCUGAAGCGGGAUCAAUAAACAACCUACAGUCGAACCAACGGUAACACGGUUAUUGAUGGGGAUGGGACAAACGGGCUUGUUGAAGGCCGAAUUUAUCCUUGAUCGUUGGACAAAGGGUAAAUCGGGACAGGGAGAAUGAACAACGAGUCAAAUUGAAGGUUCGUUAGGAUGAACUUUUUGCCGUAUGUGGCUGUGAGAUUAAGUGCCUUUUUUACCGAAACCGACCGACGGAAGAAGAUGAAGCGAGGCGGAUAAAUGACUAAAACAAAGCAUCUUAAGGACAGGUGUCAUAAAAAAAAACUGAAGGAGUGCGAAAUUGUCAUAUGAAGUUUGCUAAAAAAAGGAGGAAAAAAAUCAAUUAUUAUGGUGCGACCGUGUGGAGGAGGUGUUGCACAACGCGACUCGAAAAUCACACCCGUAGUCAACGAGCUUAAAGAUAAGAAAAAAUGUAGAGCUUACAAAACCCGCUGCUAGAGAACAAGGAGGAGGAGGGUGAGGAUCGAACAGUAUCGAUAACGUGUGUGCUAACGUUGUUGAUAAGCGACACAAGACGGCUAGAUUGUGGUGUCCUAGCAGGCGGUGCUGGCUGGUCCGGUAUUCAGUUUGUGUUAGUUACAUGUUGUAAUAGUACAAUCAAUCUUAGCAACCCCGUCUCUUUGGUGACCAUGUGGGUAGCAUCCAUGAAUACCAAAAUCACAAGCAUUAACGUUACGGUAAUUGUUCCCGUUUCAACUGACUAUAAUGGUGUACGUUGCUCAAUACAUCUUUAAUGUAUUACACUGGAUCAUCUAACUAAAUCAAGGGAGUACUUUUGUCAAAUAACUUCACUCGGGAUACUUCACUAGAUUUUUUUUUAUUUUGGAAACAUGUGUAUCCUAAACAAUCAGUAUAAAAUGUCUAUUGCUUUGCAUUCCGUUAUUUUUCGCUCAUUUUGGCGCAGCUCAACACUGAUUUUUGAUAUGUAUACAGUUAAAAUAAAAAUGGCACUCGCCUUUGAAAGUGUUUUGAAACGAAAUACA